GUCCUGUUGGCAGCAAUGGUUUUGUCACAGAGCAGUCCACACAGUGUUCCUAUUGUUUGUGUGCAGAUGGUGAGUGAGAAGGUUGGAGGUGCAGAAGGAACAAAACUAGAUGAAGACUUCAAAGAAUUGGAACGGAAAGUAGAUGUGACUAACAAAGCUGUUGUAGAGGUUAUCUCCAAAACCUCUGAAUAUCUGCAGCCCAACCCAGCAUCCCGUGCAAAGCUGUCCAUGCUGAACACAAUGUCAAAGAUCCGUGGGCAGGUGAAGAGCCCAGGGUACCCUCAGGCUGAGGGGCUACUGGGAGAGUGCAUGGGAAAAUACGGUCGAGAUCUUGGCGAAGACACCAACUUUGGUAACGCUCUUCUGGAUGCUGGAGAAGCCAUGAAGAGGCUGGCAGAGGUGAAAGACUCACUUGACAUAGAUGUCAAACAGAACUUCAUCGAUCCUUUGCAAAGCUUGUGUGAUAAGGACCUGAGAGAGAUCCAGCACCAUCUAAAGAAGCUGGAAGGACGGCGCUUAGACUAUGACUACAAGAAGAAACGCCAGGGUAAGAUUGCAGAUGAGGAGAUCCGACAGGCUCUAGAGAAGUUCCACGAGUCCAAGGAGGUAGCGGAAAUCAGCAUGUACAACCUGCUGGAGACUGACAUUGAGCAGGUGAGUCAGCUGUCCUCCUUGGUUGAGUCCCAGCUACAGUACCACAGGCAGGCUGUGCAGAUCCUUGAGGAACUCUCUGACAAACUGAAGGACCGGAUGAGUGAGGCACAGUCACGCCCACGUCGGGAAUACACCCCCAAACCCAAGCCAGCCUUUGAUUAUGCUGACGACCAGUCGAAUGGUGGUUUUACCCAUUCUGCAGCUCCACCGACUCGCACCUCAGGUGCAGAGCAGCCCUGCUGUAAGGCUCUGUAUGACUUUGAGCCAGAGAAUGAGGGUGAGCUGGGCUUCCGCGAAGGUGACAUCAUCACACUCACUAGUCAGAUUGAUGAGAACUGGUACGAGGGUAUGCUGCGUGGCCAGUCGGGUUUCUUCCCACUCAACUAUGUGGAGGUUAUCGUUCCCCUGUCACACUAAAGCAAGAGGAACAGUGGGGCGGGGGGCGGGAUUGGAAGGAGGAGCCAGUACAGAGCCACUGUGUGAGAUCCCUGUAUCCCCAUGUUCAUUGUCAUUUUAUUAGACAUUUACCUGUACACUAUGAUGUGUUGACCUUUAGACAGAGGGAAAUGUAGAAUGUUUGUUUUCACAUUCCAGUUUGGCAGGGGUGAAAUGCAAGUUACAGAUUGCACCAAACAAAACCAUGAUGGCCAGGAUAACUUGUCACAGCUCACCAAGAGUGUUUUCACUGGAUGAGUCCAGUGCAGUCAGAAUGUAUAUCUUGACUGCAUAGUGUACAUGUUCACUGAAGCCCUGAGAGAUUAGUACUGCAGUGCUCUCUAGUCUCCAGAAUCCAGUGCUAAGCCUUUAAUGAAGAACUACAGUUGCUUAGACUUCUACUUUUCAGGCUUAUUCCCUCCUGCAAGCCUAACACAGUAACAGUGACACUGAUAAUGCAGUACCCAAAUAUUUUCCCACAAAAACCUAAAUGACAUUUUGGCACUGUUUGCCAGCCUGGUGACUUUACUCAGUGUUUUGGUGUUUUCCAUGUGUUCUGUAUUUCGCUUUGCAAAAGCAUCCAUCACUUUUAUAUAAUUAACUGUUAAAGCACCAUGAUCUUUGUAUGAAACAAACAUGCAAAGGGCACUCCAGUGAAGAGCCUUCCAUUUCAUCUUACUGCACAAAUAUAGAAGAGUGGUCUCCAGCCAGGCAAAGGAUUCCCUCUUGGCCUGUGUGCUACAACUGUGAUGCUCCAGUUAAUGGAAAUAAUGAAAUUCCCCAUGCCCAAACCCUUUCUUGGAGACUGGCAGUACUUUAAGGCAAGCAGAGUAUGACAGUCUGCUACCUGCAAGUAUGGUCUUGCUACCCUACAUGUUUCAACAUGUCUGUGUAUCUGUGUGCACCCUUCUUUGCCUGCCUUGUCUGGAAAAACAGAUGAGUGACACUUUGAACAAGUUAGAUUCAUGUGCUUUGUUUGGACUGUUUUUUGUGUUAUAAUGUUGGUGUCAAACAGGCAGCACUGCUGGCAGUGGCUCUGCAGAUGUUUGUGUUUUUGUGUGUCAGCCUGCAUUUCUGUGAUUAGUCAAGUUCCUGCUGUCAAGGGACACAGUCUACUUUUUUUCUGUCAAACCAGUUUAACCAUUCACUAUCAACUGUACUGCACACAUUACCCAUUCACCCAGCUUUGGAACUGGACUUGGUGCCAGUGGCAGUAGGUAAUGAAAGUCCUAAAGGUGUAAGAUUAUUCACAGCAGCGGUGUCAAACUCAGUUUCUGUGAGACUGCUUGCAAGUUUUCCUCCACCUUCCUUCUUCAGCCAGUUAAUUAGGUAUGUCAUUUUGAUAUGAAUUUUAAAAUAUCUGGCUGUUUCACUGAGUUAGUAUAUUAGCAUGUUUCAGUGCUGUUUUGGGGAGACACUUCCAUAAAAAUAAUAGAUAAAAUUAACUCCUAAUUUGAACUAGUAUACUGAGGGUGAAUUAGCAUGAUCACCAAUUUAACAGGCCUACCAGAAAUGGUGGCCUCAACCUUGGUUUGCUAUAGUAUCAGUGCUUUGGAAAGUGCUGAGAAAGCCUGGUCCUCUGUUUCAAACAGAAUGUACAGCAGGGAAAAGGGAGUGCUGGUCUCUGGAAUGACAAAUAACCUGGGAUGUCUACAUGCCUUAGAUCUGAUAGGGGCUUUAAGAGCAGUUAUAACAAGUGCAUUAAUUCAUCCUCGUGUUCUUUGGUGGUGUCAAAAAACUAGUGGAAAUGAUGAUCAGUAACUGCUUAUCCUAAAACAGUGUUGUGGAAUGGAUUGAGUAAAUCAGUUCAGUCCUCCCCCCCUCCCCCAAAGGGAAGAGGACAGACCCCUGCACUUCCCUCACUUUUUUUUAGCAUAACUGCCAAAACAAUUUAAAAUGUUAACAGUUCGUAUUACAAAACAUGUUUACAUGCAUUAAAAGUUGUGAUUUUUUUUUUUUUUUUUUUACUCCAUAUGUAGAGGUGAAGAAAGUGUUGUGGUGUACACUUAAACUCCAGUGAGACACCCACCACUGCAGGGGGCAGUAGUAGUGCUUCAAAAGAUAUUAACAGGAUAAAAAGUCAUCAUUAAAUCUGUUUACCUUCUUUUUGUACAAAGGGCUCCGUUUAAUUCUCAGCCUUUGACACUUGCUCUGUGUAAGCAUGUAUGCAUGUAAGCACAGAUGGUAUCAUUACACUACAAUUUUAAAAAGGGUAAUUUCUGUAAUUGUAUGAGAAACCCAGUCUUUUCAUAAACUGCAUUAAUCUGCUUCUUAAUGGUAUUUAAUAUACAAAGUCAUACAUUUUAUAUGAAAUUGUGAUACUCUGCACGUAGCUUUAAAUUCUUGCUUGUUAAAAUGCUCCAGGUAGAUUUUAAGGUUUAAUACAAAACUAAAUGGCAAUUUUCCAUUAUGUAUUAUCUAUUUUGCAUCCUGAUUUUGUCUUUAAAUAAAUACAGAAUUAAAAGUGA